UCGCCUAUUGAACCUAAAAGCUUCUUCAAAUCCCAAGCCCCCUCUCAACACCCUGCAACUUCUGCGUCCCUCUCCACUCAAUUGUCCCAAAUUUUCCCGGGAAACAAACAAACGAGCGAACUGCUCCUUUUCCUAAAACCCUAGCCCCCAGUCAAUGCUCCACCACCUACGCCAAUGGAAGAACCCUCUCCAUUUCCCAGCAAGAUUCCGAACCCUUCUUCCCCUCUCUUCCAUCCUCUUCACCAAACCCUCGGUCUCCGCCGCAAAGCUUGAAGACGAGCCCGCCAGUUCCUCCGCCAUUCCAAACACUAGCGACACGGUUGGAGAAAUUCUCGCCGGUUUAAGGAGCUUCGGCUUGAUAAGAUUUUUCUGUGGGGAUUAUUUUCGGACUGUCGUUCUAACGCUGAAUUGGACUCAGGUGGAUCAGAUUAUCGAUGUACUGAGGGUUGAGAGUCCCGACUUUGCUGUGGAUUUUUUCCAUCUGUUAAAGGAUAGGUAUCAGUUUCGGCAUUCGAGGGCUUCGCGGUUCAUUGUUUCGCAUGUUCUGGCGGAGAAAAAGCGGUUCAAGGAGAUGCAGUUGGUUAUAAAGCAAAUGGUAGAAGAGGAAGGCUCUGGUUCCGCACCUUCACUUUGUGAACUGCUUCUCAAUAGCUUCAGGGACUGGGAUUCGAAUACUGUGAUUUGGGAUAUGCUAGCAUUUGGUUAUUCGAGAUUUGAGAUGGUUCAAGAUGCUCUCUUUGUUCUUGCCAAGAUGAAAGAUCUGAACAUGCAUGCAUCAAUACAAACAUAUAACAGUCUGUUGCACAACUUGAGGCGGACUGAAACCAUGUGGGAUAUGCAUACUGACAUCAAAGUUAGUGGAACUCCUCAGAAUGAGUACACUCAUUCCAUAAUUGUAGAUGGCCUCUGUGAGCAAUCCAGGCUACAAGAUGCAGUUUCGUAUCUGCAGGAUGUCGAAGGGAAGGAUACCGGACUUUCCAUUGUUUCUUUCAAUACCAUCAUGUCAAGGUUCUGUACAUUGGGUUUUGUAGAUGUUGCAAAGUCAUUUUUUUGUGUGAUGCUCAAGUAUGGAAUUUUUCCCGAUUCAUACAGUUACAAUAUUCUCAUUCAUGGGCUAUGUGUAGCAGGUUCCAUGGAAGAAGCCUUAGAGUUCAAAAAUAACAUGGAGAAGCAUGGUGUAGUGCCUGAUAUAGUAACCUACAAAAUUCUUGCUAAGGGGUUUCAACUACUUGGAUUGAUGAGUGGGGCCUGGAAGGUCAUUCAAGACAUGCUGCUUAAAGGGUUUAAUCCAGAUCUAGUUACAUAUACAAUACUGAUAUGUGGGCAUUGCCAGAUAGGCAAUAUUGAUGAAGGCCUUAAGUUGCGGGAAGAGAUGCUUUCUCGGGGUUUUCAGUUGAGCAUAAUAUCAUACAGUAUAUUGCUUAGCAGUUUGUGUAAAAGUCAGCGGGUUGAAGAAGCAUUAAGAUUGCUUUAUGAGAUGGAAACUUUUGGCUUGAAACCAGAUACUAUAACCUAUUCUAUCCUCAUUCAUGGCCUCUGCAAGAAAGGAGAAGUCCAGAGGGCCAUCCAUCUAUAUGAGGAAAUGUGCUCGAGGAGAAUAUUUCCAAAUUAUUUUACCCAUGGAGCCAUUUUGUUGGGUCUGUGUGAGAAAGGGAAUAUAUCAGAGGCAAAGAACUAUUUUGAUAAACUGAUAGCAAAUGACUUGGUGGAUAAUAUAGCGCUGUAUAAUAUCAUGAUGAACGGGUUUGUAAAACAUGGUAAUAUUGAAAAAGCCGUGUUAUUAUACAAAAGAUUAGUUAAAAAAGGGAUUACUCCUAGUAUUGUCACUUUCAAUACUCUUAUUCAUGGAUUCUGCAAAAACAAUAAGUUAGGUGAGGCUCGAAGCCUUUUGGACAUUAUCAGGCUUCAUGGAUUGGUUCCAAGUGUGGUUACUUAUACCACUCUCAUGAAUGCAUACUGUGAGGAAGGGAAUAUGCAGGGCAUGCUUGAAUUGCUUUGGGAGAUGGAAGCAAAAGCUGUUAUGCCUACUCAUAUUACUUACACCAUACUUAUUAAGGGACUAUGCAAACAGAGGAGGUUGCAAGAAUCUGUUCAAUUACUUGAGGAUAUGCGUGCUGUGGGUCUGUCUCCGGAUCAAAUAACAUAUAAUACAAUUAUCCAGUGUUUCUGUAAAGCUGGUGACACAAGAAAAGCUUUUCAGUUACACAAUGAUAUGCUACUGCAUAAUUUGGAGCCUACUUCUGUCACAUAUAAUGUCCUCAUUGAUGGUCUUUGUAUUUAUGGAGACCUGAGGGAUGCUGACAGGCUACUGGUUUCUAUUGAGAAUCAAAAGCUCAAUUUGACAAAAGUUGCUUAUACCACGUUGGUUAAAGCACAUUGUGCAAAGGGGGAUGUGCGUAGGGCAGUAGUAUUCUUUCGUAAAAUGGUGGAGAAGGGUUUUAAAGCAUCAAUCAGAGAUUACAGUGCUGUGAUCAAUAGAUUGUGCAAAAGUGAUGCUUAAUGCUUUCCAUCAGGAAGGUGAUCUAGAUUCAAUUUCUGAACUACUUGGUGAGAUGAUCAAAUUUGGAUUGCUUCCUGAUUAAUCCAUGGGACAUGAUGAUUUUCAUGCAUCCAACUGUUAGAAAGAACCUUUCUUGGCUGAUAGGGAAGUCAGUAUGUGAGGUAUAAUACAACACUACUUGCAUACGUCUCAUAGUCAUUUUUUAAAUACUCUAUUAAAUUAGGGUUUGCUUAUUCAUCCCUCAAUUUUUUUCUUGUUUCAUUUCUCUUUUGAUAAGUGAAAGCUAAAUAUACCAAGCACCAAAUUUUUAAGCAAUUUAGGUUGGUGAGGAGUUUAAAAAUUCUUUCUAUCACCGAUUUUUGCUCACGCUUGAUAUGUUUAUGACAUUGUAAGAAACUAAUAUAACCCUGCCACGUAACUCAUCCAAUGGUAUCUAAACAUCCAGAAGACUGUCAAAUAAAAUGUGAUCCAAGACAAACAUUGCCAGGUAUCAUCUUGUCCUAGAUCAUGGCAAAGAAAGUUAUAACCACCAUCUUGUUUAUCCUUUCACAACUAAUGAAUACUUUGGUGAUUUAGCUUGUGCUUGUAGAUGGUUGUCAUUACCACAAACAACCAGGAUAUCACCAAAGGCAGAUAGUGCUAAAUAGGUAUUUUACAUCCAUUUGAUUUCAUGGCUGCUUUGUAGGGCGAUAUCCGGCUAUGUCCUGUUGCAGGCCCUUUCGUACAGGCUUCAAAGGCAAUCUCACCACACCAGUUUGCAAAUGAAAAAACUUGCUGAAUUUAUCUUCUGGACAGUGCACUAUACGAGAAAUCAUUGAUAAUAUCUUUCAUCUCGGAUUCUUAAAGUUUGGAAGGAAGAGCAUCACAACUAGCAUAUACUUUGCACCUGCCUAAUGACAUUCUUCCUGAAACCAGACCUGAUGUGGUCUGGCACCCACUUUGGAUGGACUAACUUGGAAUGGCGAAGCUAAUUAGUAGUUCACUAUUUGUGAGGUAUAUAUGCAAUAGUAGUUUAUUAUUUUCUUUUCUUUUCGAACCAAACAUGAUAUUUAUAUCAUCACUACUUGUAUGUGCUGCUUCUAAUUUAAAGCAGCUCGUAAGAGUCUGAAAUGACAAAUUUACCCCUUUUCCUUGUC